GGAGGAGGUGGUCUCCCGUGACGUGUAACCUUGCCACCAAAGGCAGAAGUGAUGAGGUUGGCUGCCGGGCGCUCAGCAAAGCGCUCCUCACCCCUACACCGAGCUCGCCCGAGGCGAAAUGGAGAGGCGCUUUCAAGCGGAGGGCGGGGCCCGAAACGGGGCGUGGCUCCCGGCAUGGGCGUGGCCUGAAGCUCGGCGAGGCUUCUGCUGCGGGGCGGGGCCUGAGGCGGGGCCCCGCUUUAGCGCCGGGAGGCGCUGGCGGCGGUGGCGGAGAGGAGCGGAGCCCAGGGGAGGAGACGGGUUGCUGUCCGCGCGGAGGGAGUGAGUCACCUGACCGCCGCUUGCCGCCUGCAGUCGGGCCGCGCGGCUCCUCGGCUCCGGUCAAUGACAGUGAGAAGCAUGCUUUCCACUGCUCUCCCUGAUCCCAUUUGCCACCCAGGAUGUCUGUGAGUGAGAGUGCAGUGUUUGCCUACGAGUCCUCUGUGCAUAGCACCAACGUCUUACUCAGCCUCAAUGACCAGCGGAAGAAGAAUGUGCUGUGCGAUGUCACUGUCUUGGUGGAAGGCCAGCGGUUCCGAGCCCACCGCUCGGUGCUGGCUGCUUGCAGCAGCUACUUCCACUCGAGAAUCAUAGGCCAGACUGACGCAGAGCUCACCAUCACACUGCCUGAAGAGGUAACGGUUAAAGGAUUCGAACCUUUAAUUCAGUUUGCCUACACUGCCAAACUAAUUUUAAGUAAAGACAAUGUUGACGAAGUGUGCAGGUGUGUGGAGUUCCUAAGUGUGCACAACAUUGAGGAAUCCUGCUUUCAGUUUCUCAAGUUUAAGUUUUUGGACUCCACCUCAGAGCAGCAGGAAUGUGCAAGAAAAAAAUGCUUCUCCUCACACUGUCAGAAAGCAGAUUUUAAAUUUUCAUUUUCAGAACAGAAAGAUCUAGAAAUUGAUGAAGCAGAUGAAUUCUUGGAAAAGAAAAGUGUUCAGACUCUUCAUUGUGACUCCCAAAGGUGUCAGGGCAGUGUAAAAGCAUCCCCCCCUCUCCAGGACAGUGUCAGUCAGACGUGCCAGUCCAUGUGUGUGGACAGGGAUGGAGCCCUGGCAUUGCCAUCUUUAUGCCCCAAAUAUAGAAAGUUCCAGAAAGCGUUUGGAACCGAUAAGAUCCGAACUCUAGAAUCUGGCAUCAGAGAUAUCCAUACUGCCUCUGUUCAACCAAAUGAGACAUCUGAACUUGAGUGUUUAGGGGGAGCACAGGGCUGUACAGAUUUACAUGUGAUUUUAAAAUGUGAAGGAAUGAAGCCACCCAUGGAGAGUGAAGACACAAAGUGCAAAGACCCCACCCCUCAGUGUCUUGCAGAGCAGGCCGAAGUGACACCUUUGCCUCAGGAUUCUGCAGGGCCUCAUGGGCUCUACUCCCUGUCAGUCUUACACACAUACGAGCAGUCAGGUGACGUGGGCCUUGCUGGGAUAGAGAGUAAAACAGUGAAAACAGAAAAGCCUCUGUCAGGUCCAGAUACCCAGGAUGAGAAGCCAUUGGAAAAUCAGGAUUUAUACCUGAAGUCUAACAUGGGCCCCAAAGAAGACAGCAGCAGCCUUGCAUCCGAGGAUCGGAGCAGUGUGGAGCGAGAGGUGGCAGAGCACCUGGCCAAAGGCUUUUGGAGUGACAUUUGCAGCACGGACUCGCCUUGCCAAAUGCAGUUGUCGCCUGCUGUGGCCAAAGAUGGCUCAGAACAGGGCUACUCGCAAAGGCGAUCUGAGUGUCCCUGGUUGGGUAUCAGGAUCAGCGAGAGCCCAGAGCCCGGCCAGCGGACUUUCACAACUCUCAGUUCUGUCAACUGCCCUUUUAUCAGUACUCUGAGUUCCGAGGGCUGCUCAAGCAACUUGGAAAUUGGAAACUACGAUUACGUCUCAGAGCCUCAGCAGGAGCCUUGCCCGUAUGCUUGUGUGAUUAGCCUGGGAGACGACUCUGAGACAGACACGGAAGGUGACAGCGAGUCCUGUUCUGCUAGGGAGCAGGACUGUGAGGUGAAACUGCCAUUCAAUGCUCAACGAAUAAUUUCGCUCUCACGAAAUGACUUCCAAUCCUUGUUGAAAAUGCACAAACUGACCCCAGAGCAGCUGGACUGUAUCCAUGACAUCCGCAGGAGGAGUAAGAACAGAAUCGCUGCGCAGCGCUGUCGCAAGAGGAAACUUGACUGUAUCCAGAAUCUUGAAUCGGAAAUCGAGAAGCUGCAAAGUGAGAAGGAGAACUUGCUGAAGGAGCGGGAUCACAUUUUGUCAACACUGGGGGAGACAAAGCAGAACCUUACUGGACUUUGUCAGCAAGUGUGCAAGGAAGCCGCUCUGAGUCCAGAGCAGAUCCAGAUCCUCGCCAAGUACUCGGCCUCCGACUGCCCGCUUUCUUUUUUAAUUUCUGAGAAAGGAAAAAGUACUCCCGAUAGUGAGCUUGCUUUUACAUCAGUUUUCAGUGUGUCUGACGUGCCUCCAACUGCACCAUCUUCCUGUGGGCGAGGGAGCAGCAUAGCCAGCCAGGAGCUUGUGCAGGAGUCCCAGCCAACCACCACCGCCGCCCCAGAGCAGGCCACGCUGUUGGAACCCUGUCGGCAGAGUGCUGGGAUCUCAGACUUCUGUCAGCAGAUGUCUGACAAGUGUACUACUGACGAGUAAACCACAUGAGCAUCUUCCAGCCUAUGGGAUCCCUCUGGCCUUCCGGCAUUGUCUUGAGAGCCUAGUGUGGCCGUGUUGUCUUGCUUAGCAGCAGCCCUGCUUCCUGGUAGCUUUGUGUUGAGGGAAUUUCUCUUUAAGGUGACUCUGAGUUCUUCUUGGUUUUCAUAGGAGAUACAAAUUGCUCUAUCUCUUGGAUGAUGGAAAUUGUAUGUGAAAAUAUAGAGUGACCAGGUAAUAAUCUCCUAGUAUUCAAAAUAACUACAGCACUGGAAGGCACAGUCUCUAUUUCGACGGCUCGAAGCACCUGCACACAGUCCGUGUGGGCUGUGGAAAGCCUACUGAUCAGAACGAAGAUACUUCCUAAGCAGUGCAGUGGUGGUCUCCUCAGAAGUGGACACUAAGUGUUUAUGCAGGGCUGGAAUGUGGAAAAGAAUUCUCCUUUGAACUCUCCUGCUCUGCUCCUCAGCUCCUACCAAAGUCCAGCAUGGGCUGGAUCUGGUGACUCUGAGGCUGCCCUGGCAGGACCUAGUUAGAGGCUGCAGCUGGCCUGAGCUGGAGGCCUCUGCUGUCCUCAGUAUUACGAGGAGUUUGGGCUGCACAAACCAGAAAGUAUAACGUUCCGUUCUCACCUUUGUUCCUCUCCUUAGUCUCCACCUUGUCUAGGCUGUUAAGAACUUUCUAUUCCCUGACUUUUCUUGUCCCAUGGUGGAAGAAGUUGGGAGUUAGGCUGAAGCGGCCUGAGUGUAUACAAUCUGGCCAGAACUGUAGUUACCACGGUCUCGGAGAGCUUCACACUUCACGAGGCUGUCCAUCAUCUCAUUGCAGGUCACCGAUGACCAUGAGGGCAUUGGGGUCAAGGAGAGGGAAAUGUCUACAUUGACCAGAAGAGCAGCUCAUUGGUAUUCUAGUGAAGACUUGUGCUCCGUUAAUGGGUUUGCACUUGAGAACCAGAUUUAAUCCUUUUAUUAAUUUUUUUCCUAUUCCCACAUUUGGUAUGGUGUAAAGGCACACAUACCAUUUGACUUGGCCAUUGAAAGAUCAAUCUAGUGCUUAUUUAAUGUUGGUAGAAAAUGAAUUGAGAAUAAUCUGAGCAGUGCCCUUCAUAGCAUUUUGCAGUGAUUCUUAGCCAGUCUGGAAUCUCACCCUGCAGACCUCAGCAUGGAAACAAAACCUUGUUUAUACAGGUUCAGUAUCCCUGUUCAAGGAAUGUCAGAUGCCUUAGAAUUGGAGACAUUCUGAACACUGAGAUGUGGGAUAUCCAGUCCUGACCUCACAAAGCAGGUUGCAGUUGAAACAGGACAUUCAAAGUCUUCCGAAUGCUAUUUUAUAUGCCCAGGGUACAUAGGAUUUCAUGAAGACGUUGGAGAGGGUCUGAUCCUCAGGCUCUCAUAACCUUCUGUUGAGAGCAGGAGAGAGCCUGAAGUCUGAAGCCGCUCCACAUCAGACAUCUCCAGCAAGGGAGUCGGCAGCCGCUCCUAGGAGCACUUAGAGUCCUGUGUCAGGGUGCAGGGGAACAGUCAGUAGGACUGCAUCUCUCCAGGUCACAUACCUGAAGGAGAUGCUUCACUGCAUGCUGCAUCUCCUGAAGGAUGGAGGGACAGGGAGGGGAGGGAGUACACACUGCCCUGAGUGGUAUCCACUCACCGGCAAGCUGAUGUCUGCCAUGGGAAGAUACGGGACCAGCAGCAAUAUUUCAUGAUUUCAUAGUUAUCAGAUAUUGCCCUUUUCCUUGGGGUGCAGGAAGGGAGGAAAGAGGGUAGUAUAUGUUUCAUCUUUGGAAGAGAAAAUUAAAUUGGAAUUAUUUUCUAGAAAAUUUGAAAAGUCCACUCAGUUUGCCUGGGAAAGAUGCUCACUGUGUGAUAAUGCAUGCCAUGUUACAAAAGAGUUGUAUGUGUGUGUGUAUAACAUAUACACACAAAUGAAUAUAUAUGUAUACAUACAUAUGAAUGUAUAUGUCCCCACGCAGCUAUUUGGUAUUUGUAAGUUUAGACUUCAACUUAACAUAAAAUAAUAUGAAAACUCUGGUUUACAAAGUGUAAAAUCUUAUACAAGCCAAUGGAUUUCCUACCUCACUGUACACUCAGCUGUCUGUCAUCGGUCCUUGUGUGUACAUAUGUCAGAUCUUUUGCUUUAAAUGUAAAUAUUUGCUUUGGAAAGUUACUUCCCAUUUUAUGAUAAAGCCCAGUUCUCGCAUCAAUUUAAAGGUAUUUUUUAAGACACUUGGUUUAAAUUUCUCUCUAUCUGUGAACAGUUUAGCAUUAAGGGUUAAUUUUAAUGGUGUCUGGUAAUUGGCCAAGUGUAAUAUUUCUUAAAAUUUAGCAUUACUUUUAACAGCCAGCAUGUAAUACAAGUAACUACACUACCUCAUACCUUCGUGAUUUUCAAGCUGUAUUAGCGGGGCAGGACAGGUUAUACCUUUGUCUUUGGGCCAUAAGGUGGGUAAUAAUGGAAAUAUAUUGCAUAGCAUUAUACAUUUAUGCCUGUUUUAACGUGAACUUCUAAAACAUUGUCUUUUCUAAGAUUUGUUUUAAGGAAGUAUUUCUUUUGGGGGGGUGGGGAUGCCGAAGACAAAUGGCAGGAGGGUCACAUGUGGGGGGUGGGGAUGCCGAAGACAAAUGGCAGGAGGUCACAUGUGUAUAGAUGCCUUUUCCUCCCUGCGGGGCCUGGACAGUGUCCUCGCAAUCAGAGCUCCUUACUGGAUGAGCCGGCCUUCUCAAGGCCUGGUGAUUUUUUUUUUUUUAAAGCUAUCAUGUCUGACUCAAUACAAUAAUGUCAUCUUUAAUUUUUUGCCCCUUAUUUGAAUACUAUAGCUACAAUCAAAAUAAUUUGUUAAAGUGUUAUAUUCAGAAUAAAUAUGGAUAUAACAUUGGUUGUCCACCUGCAAGCUUUAUAACAAUUUACUGUAGCUUGAUGCUUAGCCAAUUUUAAGUUAGGAAUUCAACAUACAUGAUACAGGGAUGGCGGAAAUGGCGAGAGGAUGCUCAGCCACGCUAACAACUUGGAAAAAAAGAAAGAGAAGCAAAUGGCGAUGUUACAGUGAAUUCUCAGGUGAACUAUUCAGUUAUGAAACCAUCUAUUUUGAAUUUGUAAAUAUUUUAACCAUUUUAUUAAGGCAUGGACUAAACUAUUCUUUGACACCUGUUGGGUAGAGUGAAAAUUUAAAGCCAUAAUGGUAAAAGAUGGCAUACUGAUUGUAAAAUAAACAAAUAAUAAUAAUAAUAAUAAUGAUUUUUUUGUAUCUUUCAUAAUAUAAUUUUUCUAACUGCAAUAAAACCACUGAACUUAUAUAUUCCUGUCCUAUUAAGCCCAUGUUUCAUUAGUAGUAUACCUUAUAAUAUUUAAUUUACAUUUUCUUUCUAAUGUGCUUGUCUGAAUGUGUCAGUAUAAGUCCUAGAUUGUGAUACUAGACUGACUGUUAAAUAAAGUUCCUAACAUGGCUUUCAGUUGA